CGCCUUGUUCAUUUGGCAUUUCCCUCCCUCCUCUAGCCAAGAAUAACCAGCGGCGACCGGCCGGAGACCACCAUUCCGCCUCGCUCGAUCCACAGCUAGCUCCCUCAGCCAGAUCGGGGAGACAAGAAGCUAAACUAAACUGACACCAGCAGCGAGCAUGGCGGCGACGCGGUGGUGCCUGGCGGCGGUGUGGUGCGCGGUGGCGGUGGUGUCGGUGGCGCAGACGUCUCCGUCGCCGCCGGCGUCGGCGGACCCGCUGCAGGCCAAGUGCGCGGGGGACUUCUCGAAGCUGACGGACUGCCUGGACUACGCGACGGGGCACGCGGGGUCGCCGUCGUCCACGUGCUGCGCCGACGCCGCCGACACGCAGAAGUCGCGGCCGCAGUGCCUCUGCUACAUCAUCCAGCAGGUGCACAACGGCCGCAACGAGGUGCAGUCGCUCGGCCUCAAGUUCGACCGCCUCAUGGCGCUCCCCGCCGCCUGCAAGCUCGCCAACGCCAACGUCACGCUCUGCAUCAACCUGCUGAACCUGAAGCCUGGCUCGCCGGACUACGCCCUCUUCGCCAACGCCUCCCACAUCACGCCAUCAGCCGGCGGCACUCCGGCGAGCGACAGCACCGCCGGCAGCGGCUUCAGCCUCCAGACCGGGAUCCGCGGCAGCAUCGCGGCCGCCGUAGUCUCCGCGGUGCUCUCAUCCGUGUUCUGAUCCCUCGGCCUCGGGCAAGCACCGGUUUUUAGUUUUUACCAUGUGGAUUCGUCCUCAGUCAUGCUUCUCUAGUCCUUGUCUAUUUUGUAUCCGUUCCCACCACAUAAAAAUGGAGUUGAGCUGAACCUUUUUUUUCCCUUAAAUUCUCUCGCUGGAUCCUGUUGCAUGAUGAGAGUGGAUGGUUUGUGCAUCAGAAUUCAGAAUUCACAGGCCCGUUGGUCGGAUGAACAGAGUGUCAGUGCAGCAAACGAGUCAAAUAAUUUAGCUGCCGUUCUGCUACUUUUUUCCCCAGACAAAAAAGAAUUGGCAGUUCUUUUU